UUGUGGUUAGAAAUGAUAAAUAUAUCGUCAAUACCAAAAAAUAACAAAAGCGAAUCACCUAAAACACCUGGUGGUAUCAGUAAAUCUUUAUUAACUCCUUGUCGAAGGGUAGGACUUUCUCGUAAUUGGAGAAAAAGUGGUCCAUCGCCUUUUAUUUCUCCUUUAUCAGGCACAGAAAAUAGUAUUGAACCUAAGUCAGAACAAAACACAAAAAAGAGGAAAUGUCCCGCAGAGGAGGAAUCGUUACAAGAGAUAUCACAGGGUACUAAUGUAGAAUGUGUCGACGCUCAUACAUCCUGCAAUACACCACGCACCAAUGUUAUAAACAGAAGUCGUAAUUUUUUACCACGUAAAAAAUCAAAAACUUUAUUAUUAGCAAAGGAAUGUGAAGAGGAGAUUGAAAAUGUUCCUCAAAUAUCAUGUACAAUAAGCGAUGAUAGAGUAGAUUCUGUAAAACUCGAAGCAAAACCAGAUUCUCCUAAAACCGUAAAGAUAUCAAAACAUUCUAGUACAACUUUUAAAAAUAAAUCAAAGAUACUUAAUUGUGAAACUAAUGACACAGAAACUGCAGUAGAAAUAAAGAAUAGUGAUAAUACUAAAUUAGAAUGUAAGCAGAAAAGCCCAGAUAAUUUAGCUAAGGAGUGUAUUGUUGUUAUUCAAAAGAAAAUAUUUAAAUCAUCUAUUGAUAAAAUAGAUACUAGUACAAAAUUAAAACCAAAAGAAAAUAGAUCAAUGACUCAAGUUUUAUUUGAUUCUGAUUCAGACGACACACCUUUGAUCAAUUUAAAUAAAGAACAAAACCAAACAAUACCGACAAAUGAUGAUGAUGAUGAUGAAUUUCAAGAAACUAAAAAAACAGUUAAGAAAUUGCAACACAAAACAACAUCGACAACUGAAUUGAAAACAAAUAGUCAUUUAAAAGAUAAACAUAAAAAAAAUAAAACAAAACCAAUACCAGUUCAAUCUCCCAUAAGGUCUUCGCAACAGUCAAAUGAUUUUGACGAUGAUGAUUUUGUAAGAGAUAAGAGGACAAUACUAAUAAAAAAAUCAUAUGAUAAAAUUACAAAACCGUCUAAAUCAAAGUCAACAGGUUCAAUAACACAAAAAGAUAUUGAUGAAUUAAAAGCGAGGAUAGAGAAGAAGAAAAAUUUACUAUUAGCAAGAGCAAUGACCGAAGAAACAGAUGAACUAAGAAGUUUAAUUAAGAAAUGGCAAAAGGGAUGUCAAACUGCAUUAACAGAGCUUCUUGAAUUAAUGAAAACUAAGAUGCCCGAUCGUCAAAAUAUGGACACCUCAGAAAUUUUACAGUUGUUAAAAAUUCCACCAGACUUAGUUGGUUAUGAUUCUGAAAAUGAUAGUUUCAACACUCCCAAUGAUGAUAACAUUGUUUUAUCUGGAUUUAAUCUUAAAUAGUUUCCAUAACUAUAUUUAUUAAUAUU